UACUAUCAAUCAAAAGUCUUUUAAAUUUUGUGCGUGUCGCUAGCUUAGGGAAAUUCUCCUAAAAUUUUUAAAUACCUUCAUCAGAUAAAAACAAUCAUAAAUUAUGGCAUCGAGGGUAUCCCGUGAAACGCUCUUUGGGGCAGUCGAAAGUAUCCUGAAGGAAUCCCGGGACAAAGAAAGUUACUGCCUCGAGACCGUGGAACUGCAGAUUGGUCUAAGGGACUACGAUCCUGAGAAAUGCAAACGCUUUUAUGGAAGUGUACUCCUACAUCACCUGGCUGUGCCCCAAUUGAAGGUGUGUGUGAUUGGAGAUCAAGAGCACUGCUAUCAGGCGCGGGCCAUUGGAGUAGACUGCUUGGAUGUGGAGGCCCUCAGGAGACUGAACAAGGACCCAAAGCUGAUCAGGAAGUUGGCCAAGUCCUACGAUACCUUCCUGGCCUCCGAGUCGAUGGUCAAGCUGAUCCCCAAGCUCCUUGGACCAGGUCUCACCAACGCGGGCAAGUUUCUUACUCCAUUGACGCACAAGGAGUCCAUGGGGAGCAAAAUCAAGAUACUUUCCACCAAGAAGCUGCUGAUGAAGAAGGUGGCCUGUCUAUCCGUUAAUGUCGGGCAUGUUGGCCUGCACCCAGAGAAACUGGCCCAAAACAUCAGCAUUUCGAUCAAUUUCCUCGUUUCCCUGCUGAAGGGAAAUUGGCAGAAUGUCCGCUCACUUCAUAUUAAGUCAUCCUUGGGUGUGCCUCUUCGUCUUUAUUAGAUUUCUUUUUAAGGAAUUCUUAGUAUGGAUUAGUAAUGUGUAAAAUAGUCAAACCAUUAUAAGUGUGAAAUAAAAUUUGUGUAUAAUUUAAAAUCAUUAA